ACUUUUCUCAGUCUUUGAAAUGAGUUUGAAGCUUGUACAGUUCGCAUUCCUUUUGGUGGUCUUACACUCGCGUAAGACUCAUGCAAAAUGCAGCUCCCAGCUAAACGUUACUCGUAUAAUCGGUGGCCAUGAUGCAAAACCCGGCGAGUUUCCUUAUCAAGUGUCUCUACAAUGGGGUCGAAUAGGGUCUGAUCCAUUCGAACACUUUUGCGGCGGCAGCAUCUUAAACGAGCGCUGGAUACUUACAGCAGUUCACUGUCUUCUGGCCUUGGACUAUCGACCCGACGGAGGCUACUUUAUUAUCAAAGCCGGGAAGCAUGAUCUCCAACGGAUCGAGGCAACUGAACAAACAUCCGUCGUUGAAAAGUACUUCAAGCAUAAGGACUACACUGGUACAGCAGAAAUACCUGGUAGUUCUGAUAUCGGCCUUGUCAAGCUUGAGACACCUUUACGACUAACCAAACGGGUGGCCAAGAUCGCUUUGCCCCAAAAGGACACUGAACCAACUGGUCAGGCAAUUUUGUCUGGCUGGGGUGCUAUCGAUGGUGAUAUAAAUAAUACUGGAUAUCCUCAUAUCCUCCAGACAGUCGACAUGCAGAUUAUUAAUCGUGAAGACUGCAAUCGUGCAAUAGUUGAAGUACACCCACAGAUUGACGAAAACAUUGUGGACAAGACCAACAUCUGCAUAGGAUCGCUUACCGGAGAGAAGUUCCACUGUACCGGCGAUUCAGGCGGCCCUUUAAUAGCGAAAAACGAAAACGGCGAAAAGGAGGUUAUCGGGAUUAUAUCGUGGGGUCUAGGCUCCGAAAACUCUUCUUGUGGACAACGUGGUGCUCCCAACGUCGACGUCAGGGUUUCUUACUUUAUUGACUGGAUUAAAGAAACUAUGGCUAACAAUUUCUUCGAAAUGACUUUGAAGCUUAUCGUACUCGCCUGCCUUUUGGCCGUUGCACACUCACGUGUGUUUAAUACAUGGCAUAGAAAUCCGUUAAUUGGUGCCCGUAUUUUGGGCGGCCGUGAUGCAAAACCCGGCGAGUUUCCUCAUCAGGUUUCCCUCCAAUGGGGCUCUGGGGGAAAAUUUGAACACUUUUGCGGCGGUAGUAUACUGACUGAGCGCUGGAUUCUGACGGCGGUACACUGCCUAGAGGCCAUAGAUCGAAUAAAUGAAAGCGGUAUCAAAGGCUACUUUGUCGUUAAAGCCGGCAAGCAAGACCUCAAUCGUGUUGAGGACACAGAACAAACUUCCAUCGUAGAAAAGUAUUUCAAGAAUUGGGAUUACACCGGAGUUGGAGCAAAACCGGGCAGCUCUGACAUUGGUCUCAUCAAGCUCGAGACACCUCUACGACUGAACAAGCGUGUGACAAAGAUUGCUUUACCUGGAAAGGAUACUGAGCCUACUGGUGAGACAAUUUUAUCCGGCUGGGGUGCUAUCGACGAUGGCGAAGAAAAUGCAGGCUUUCCUCAUAUCCUCCAAACGAUCAACCUGCCGAUCCUCAGUCGCGAAAACUGCCAAAGCGCACUAGAAGAACUUAUUCCAGGAUCUGGUAAAAAUGUAGAUGAUACCAACAUUUGUACGGGUCCGUUAACUGGAGGACAAUCCCCUUGUAACGGCGACUCCGGCGGUCCUUUGACCACAAAGAACGGAAAAGGUGAGACUCAGGUUAUUGGGAUCGUAUCGUGGGGUCUGUCUCCUUGUGGAUCACGUGGCGCACCUGCUGUCUAUGUCAAAGUUUCUCACUUUAUCGACUGGGUUUCUGCUAUUAUGGAUAAAAAUUGAGUUCAUCGUUAUUGGUUUCAUUUAUAUUUAUUUUUACUCUAAUUAUUUAUUUGAAAGAAGAAUAUAUAUAAUUUUUAAAUUGUAAUUAUUUAUUUUGAAAAUAUAGUUUAAAUCAUUACUUACAUAAGUAUUAAAUUUUAGUGUUUCCAAAUUUAUCAUAACCUUUUGAAUUUUCAGAGCAUAGCUCAAAACUUGUAGAUAUUGCGUCAGAAUUCAUGAUAUUGAAAUUGAUUGAUAAACAUCAACACAAAAUAAACAAAUUUUUUUGAUAA